UCCUGGAGCACCGAGGAAGAGCACUUCUCGCGAAAACGUGAAGAGCCCUUCAAGCCCUUUGGAAUAUCUACAGCGAACUUGGUCACGGCAGUCUUGAAUUUCUCAGGAUGCGACGUACACGUCACGUAGUUUUGCCAGUACGAUCUUGGCAAUAUAUUGGACUUUUAAUAGUAUCGCUGGCAUGUCUGACGCUAGGACUAGUGUCUAGGGAUAGAGAAGGACAUUCCGGUAGUCUCGCAGGACCCGAACUCACGCAUCAAGCUCCCCAUGAGGUGGACGCCUGUCCAAAUUUAAACCCUUUCACCAAAAUGCCUAUACAUCUGAUUACCGAGCCGGAAAAAACUUCCAAAUCAAUUAACUAUCGUGAAAUUAAAGUACCCGAAUCACCAAUAUCUCGAAGACUCGAAUUCUCUCGAUCGCAGAGUCUCGAUCGCUUGUCUAGGAUUGGUUCGCGGGAGAUUGAAAAACGAUUGUCCAGAAAUCUAAAAAUUGAGAGGUCCUCAAGAUCCAGGACUUAUGAACCUGACAAUGAAUCCGUCAACCGACUUCGGGAAUCUCGAUUUAGGACAAUCACGGAAUCUCGCAACGCCAAAAACUUGUACGAUCGCACAACUCGGCUUUCUCGAUCGCAGGAUUUAUCCAAUCGUGCAACCAUGCAUCUCGAUCGCCGUUCCUUAGAACGCCAUGUCACCGAUCGUACAAAUUCCCGGUCACGAUCCACAGAACGACGCGAGCUCAAUGAAAUCGCGCGUCGACAAAAUCGCGUCGAUCGAUCGGCGGACCGACGAAAUUCUCCAAAUCUUCGUAUAAAUGAUCGAAGAUCACUCUCGAUGGAACGACGAGGGCCGAGUGAAAUCAUUCGGCAAGAAUCGCGCGAUUUUCUAGCUGGACGUCGCGAAUACCGAGACUUGACGCGAACUCGCGUGGACCAUCGAUCUGAAACGCGUGAGCGUAGAUUGCGAUCUGUUGAACGUCGAGACGUGGAACGAUCGAAUCGUCGCGAUGAUCGCGAAAGUCUCCUGAAGGCUCGUUUGGGAAAUCUCGCACGCGGGGACAUUGAUCGUAACAACAAUUUGAAUCGUCGAAAGCGAUCCCUUGAAACUCGUCGCGUCCUUCUCGAUCGCGUUACAAAUCAAGAACGCAGAUCACGCGUUUCGAUUAUUACCAGAAAUUCCCGCGAAGAUCUUGCUAGAUCCAACGAUCGUCGAUUGCAGUCUCGAUCGGUAGAACGUAUCAAUGAUUUUGACCGCGAGACACUUAAUAAUAGGCGAAUUCGAUCGGUUGAAUCAAACAUGGAGAAGUCUAGCAAACGCAGAUUGUCUUCUGAACGUAGAUCUUUAGCUCGAUCUACGGAAAUAAACCGCAUCGAGCACCGAAGAGUUGAGAAUCGUCUUACUGGUCAAAGAUCUCUUGAUCGUAUGACAUCACGAGUUUCGUCCGAAGACGUACGUCGAGGAAGAAUAAAUCAUUCACAGAGGAUCGUAAGCCAACGUGAUUCGCGCGAAAACGGUGCGAGAGAGAAUUCUAGGCUUAUUCCAUCGCGUUCUCUUUACGAUUUCGAAGACACUUCAAAUCGGGAACGAAGAGCGAGACACAUUCGAUCUUCUCGUUCGGUUGAUCGUAAUUCGAUGUAUCGUCAAGAUCUUGCAAAAAUUAGAGAAUCUAGAGAUCGCAGAUCACACGAUUCUUCAACAGGGCAACGAGAUUUAAGUCUGGAACGACGAGAAAGAGCGAACCGCGCAUAUCGAUCUCGCGAGGAACGAAGGAUUGUCCCACAGCAAUCUCGCGAACAAAUGGAACGACGAGAGUUUAGGAGAACUCCGGAAAGACGAGUCUUAGAGCGACGUGAUAUUUCACAAAGAUUAUCUGAGCGAAAAAUCGACGAGAGCGCGAGAUCGCGCGAAGCAUCCAGGAUGAUAGAUCGACGUCUAGAACGAAACCCGGAAUUGCGAAUUUCUCGUGGAAGGAUCCUAGAAAAACGAUCUACUGUCAACUCGCGAAAGUCACUCGAGCGAAGGAUCGAUGACAGCUCGAGAUCACGCGAAGGAUCCAGGAUGCAAAAUCGACGCGAAUAUAACUCGGAAUUACGUGAUACAAUUUCGAUGCGAAUGAUGGAUCGCAGAGCAAAUAGAGCAGCUUAUGAAAGGAGAACUUUUCGUUCGUUGGAAAAGAGAUCAGAUGUGCGACGCGAUCGACAAUUUAGAAGUCUAGAGGAGCGCCGAGUACCUCGAUCAGUCGAAAAUCGACUUGCUAAGUCUCCCGAAAAAGAUUCAGACAUUAGACAGUUGCAUCGUAGAUCAUUGAAUCUCAAUGUUAAGGACUCAUCGCGACUCGCUUCUCUUCGUCGAGUCAUCAGAGCUUCUGAACAAAAUCGCAAACAACGAACAUUAUCUGCGGAGAGAAUGAUUUCUAGAAUCGCAUCUAAUGAUCGAUUGUUCGCAAAAUGGGAACAAAAUGUGCAAGAUGCAAGUGUUGACAAAAUUGAGGCAAAAAUCGCUCCCAAAUCAAUGGACUACGGAUUUUUAAAGUAUCCUACGGCGUAUGACUUUAUGAGACAAGCUUUCGUCGUGGCACUUUGUACUGUUUAUGGACUUUCUCUCUAUAAUGGCAAAAAAACUUUUAUUGGCAACAACAUGAUGCAGCAGAUGCAACGUUUUAUAAUCUGGUAAAAGAGAUAUAGUUGGCUAUCAAAACGGCAUUGAAAACUGCUACUUUCCUCUGAAUCUGCUUCUAUCGAUUAUUUCACGAAUUAAAAUAUGUUGCAAUGUAUGUGACGUUUCCGAAAAUAUUCAGAAAUAUUAAUGUAUAUUAAUGUACAGCUCGUAUGUGUAUCCCGCAAAAAUGUAUAUCUCUAGGAAGAUAUAUUUUGUCCGAAAAUAAAUAGUAUUAGAAUU